UGGUCUUUUCUUAUUCCCUUUCCUUGUCUCUUCUCUACACUUUCCUUUUCUUAUGUACAUAUUUUGUGUCUAUAUAUUCACAAAUGCAUGAACAAUCUUGCAUAAAAGAUUGAGAAUCUAAGUUUUAUGAGAUGGGCUUGGACUAUUUUGUGAUCAUAUUGACUAAAUUCUUCAGUUUUGUUUCAUGUUCAGUUGAUCAAUGCUGUUGAAAUUAAUGGAAUUUAACUUGCAUGAUUGUAUAUGUAAUUGGGUUGAUUUCAUUUUGUAGGCCUCCUUUUGCAAUGGUGUAUCCUUUGUAUGCCUCGAUUCGGGCGGUGGAGAGCAAUCAGCACUAUCAGCAAUGUCUGGCCUACUGGGUUUUGUUUUCGAUUACCACCAUUUUGGAGUUGCCUUUGACAAAGCUUCUACUGUGGUUUCCCUUUUGGCCUUAUGCCAAAGGAUUAGCAGCUUUGUUACUGGUGACGCCCUAUUUCUCUGGAGCUUCAUACAUAUACAUGCACUAUAUAAGGCCCUGCAUCUUUGAUACAACACAAGUAAACAGUAUCAUGAUCACUUCAGAAACAAAAAGUUCCAUGCUGUAUGAAAAUAAUGGAUUUGUUGAUUCAGCAGAGGAACAAAUUGAAGGAGAGACAGAACGGGUAAAACUCGUUGUUCAUGAGACUGCACAGGAUAAUUCAAGCUCUAGAUAUUAUACGGAGGAAAUAUCUCAGGCAUGGACAGGAAAUUUAAUGAAAGUUCAGAAGGAGUGGAGCUGCGCGAUUUGUCUUGUCAACACCGCCAGAAGAAAAGAUCUGGAAAGUCAUAUGCGUGGCAGGAAGCACAAGUUUAGAGUAGACGAGCUUAGAAAAGUUGAACUGGUGACAGAUAAAACAGCUAAAAUUAAUGUAACAACUGGAAUUAAAAGCAAGGUUUUAUUUCAGAACUUCAACCAAAAACUGACUGGUCUGCUAAAUCCAGUUGUGAGGUCAGUUAGAUGGUGUAUAUGGAGAAAGCCUGAACUUGGAUGCCUGAAAUUAAAUACUGAUGGAUAUAUAGACAAAGACGGUUCUGGUUUUGGCGGUCUAUUCCGUAAUUACAAGGGCGACCCCAUAUGUGCUUAUGCCUCCAAAGCUUCUCAUGAUGAUAUUUUCAUGGUUGAGCUAUGGGCUAUAUGGAGAGGACUUGUUCUGGCCUUGAGUUUGAAAAUAGAUACAAUAUGGAUUGAAUCCGACUCGUUGAGUGUGGUAAAUACCAUCAACAGGAAGCAGCCUCAUGGUCCAAAGCCAAGUGAUUGUUUGAAUCACAUUUGGAAAAUGUUGGAGAAAAUCGACAGAUACCAAGUUACUCACACAUGGCGUGAAGCUAACAGAGCUGCUGAUUAUGUAGCUAAGAUGAAUUCUACGGGAACUGAUGUCGUAAUCUCGCCAAGUGAUUUUCCAGAUGCCCUUCGCAAAAUUAUCGAGGAUGAUGCUCAAGGAACUUGGUAUGGCAGACACUAGUUCGAUAAGCAACCUCAGUAGAUGAUGCUUGGCAUGUACUUUUUGUAAGUUGUAGACAACAAGCUAAAUCUAUUUGGUUAAUCUUAACUCAGUUUGUAAAUGGUACACAAUUACAAGUUAAAUUUAGCCUGUCCGACUUUCAAGUA